AACCUCAAAACUGCCUCUAACUAUUUUGUAUCCACCUCAUCCGGGGUCAAACAUCUGUCUUGGUCCUCUGUUCCACGUUAGAACCCAGAAUUAUUCAGCUCUUUCUGGCAUAAUUGACGCUCUAGGUUUGAGCUUUUUCUUAUAAAUACCGGUUAACAUUAUCCUCUUUCUCAUUGCAUGUCCACUGCCAUGGCUUCACAUGGCCACCAACAUCUGCAACUGGAGAUGGCUUCCCAGGCAGAAUUGGAAUCAAGAGAUAAUAACAGAGAGAAUGGAGGAUCUUUCUUAGGCGGGUGGAUUCACCAGCCUAAUGGCACAAAAAUGGCAGUCUCGGUCAACAAAAAAGAGGAAGAAGAAAAAGGGGUCAAGCAGCCAGGAGGAUGGAAAUCCAUGCCUUAUAUCAUAGGAAACGAGGCGUGUGAGAAGUUGGCCACCAUAGGUCUUCUGUCAAAUAUUGUGGUGUAUUUAACCUCAAAAUUCAACAUGCCAAACGUUGAGGCUUCAUUUGUUAUUAAUGUAUGGUCAGGGACAACCAACAUGUCCCCAUUGCUAGGUGCCUUCCUCUCUGAUUCUUACAUUGGUCGUUACUGGACCAUUGCCUUGGGCUGCAUAGCAUCUCUAAUUGGAAUGAUUCUUCUUACACUGACGGCCAUUUUUCCUAGCUUUAGACCACCUCCAUGUAAUAAUAUUGGGAAAGAGUUGUGUGUGGGUGCAUCGUUAGGUCAAAAGGCCUUACUUUACUCUUCCUUUGCAAUGAUGACCAUCGGUGCAGGUGGGAUUAGGCCAUGUUCUAUAGCCUUUGGAGCAGAUCAAUUCGACUACACAAGCGAAAAUGGAAAAAGAAGCAUUCAGAGCUUCUUCAACUGGUAUUAUUUUUCAUUUACCGUAGCAGUAAUGAUCUCUCUCACGAUCAUUGUGUAUAUUCAGGAUAGUAUAAGCUGGAGUUGGGGAAUGGGCAUUCCCUCUGCAUUAAUGUUCUUUUCUGUGAUCUGCUUCUUCCUGGGUAAAAGGCUUUAUGUGCUUGUCAGCCCUGAAGGAAGCUCCUUCACGAGCUUUGCACAGGUAAUAGUUUGUGCAAUAAAGAAACGGCAUUUACGCUUACCUUCGGAGCAAUCUCAGGCUGAGGAUUUCUACGAUCCUCCAAUAAAAGGCGACCUCAAAUCAAGGAUGGUACUAACUGAUCAGUUUAUGUUUCUGAACAAAGCAGCAUUAAAAACAGAACAAGACUUAAAUUCAGACGGAUCAGUGGUAGAUCCAUGGAGACUGUGCAGCCUUCAGCAAGUGGAAGAGCUAAAGUCAGUGAUAAGAAUAGCACCCAUAUGGCUAUCUGGCAUAAACAUCCACGUCUGUCUGGCUCAGCUCAACACAUUCUCUGUAUUGCAGGCACUAACAAUGGACAGGCACCUGGGCGAGAAAUUCCAGGUCCCUGCGGGUUCAUUUGGAAUCUUCACCAUGCUGGUUGUUACUUUAUUCUUACCAUUCUAUGACAGAGUGAUGGUGCCAUUCACGAGGCGAAUCAGCAAGGACGGAAAUGGGAUAACACUUUUGCAGAGAAUCGGGGUGGGAUUAUGCAUAAGCAUCUUAUCCAUGGCAUUGGCAGCGGUGUUUGAGACAAAGCGGCGGAAUGUCGCAUUGAACCACGGUUUUAUGGAUAAGCCCAAGGCUGUGAUUCCCAUGUCAGCAUUCUUUUUGGUUCCUCAGUAUUCUGUGGCCGGGUUGGCAGAGGCAUUCAGUGCAAUCGGACUUAUCGAGUUUUUGUACAGUCAGUUUCCAGAAAACAUGAGGAGUGUGGCUGGUGCACUUUUUUUCCUCAGCAUUGGCAUGGGCAGCUAUGUGAGCAGCUUUCUUGUUGGCAUUGUGCAUAAAAACACAGGCGGACGUCAUGGAAAGAACUGGCUUGGUCAGAACCUGAAUAAGGCAAGACUGGAUUAUUUUUAUUGGCUUCUUGCAGGGCUUGCAGUUAUCAAUUUGCUUUACUUCCUGUUCUGCGCUCAAUGGUACAGAUAUAAAGCCGUAUUCCCUAACGAGACAAAAACAACCAUCGAAAAUACGAUCAGAAAUAGCAAAAAGGUCACCACAAGUGUGAAAGAAUGACUUCAUGAUAGGGAUUGUAAAAACAAAACAGCAAAUAAAGGCUGAUAGUUCGACCUAAAAAUUGCCUGCCUCGUAGCUUAGUUCCAAAUGUUUAGUGGUUUAUGCACUAUCAGCAAAAGCAGUUAAAGGUGUUUGGGUGUCAUUAAAUGGUUAAUACAUAUGAAUAUUUGUACUUA